AUGUCGUUUCGCGUCGAUCGGAGGUUCAACCUGCUCAUCAUGGAGGAAGGUGAGGACUACAUCGCGGACGUGGCCGCUACCAUGGCUUUGACGCGCCGCAACCAAGUGGCGGAGAGCAAGGGUCGGCUUCGGAUUUGCUCCAAGUCACUGAUCUUUCAACCGGAGGAUGUGGCCGCUUCGAUCAUCAAAUUUCCCUAUCGCCACAUGCAGAAGAUCGAAGGGGAGACCAGCGGCUUCUGCAUAGAGUGCGAACACUUCGUCCAGGUGGCAACGAAGACCGGAGGAACUGAAACUCGGAUCGUGGCUCCUUUCUCAAUCCUUAAGAGUAAGUUCAAACCCAGCUUCCAUGUUCACUAUGCCAAUGCUGCAGAAUAUCAACAGUUGGCUCAACGCCUGCGUUGCGCGGCGUCCAUGAGCUUCAGUGAUGGCCAGCUCGAAGUGCGGCAGAUCCUCUCCGAGGUCACGGCCGAUGUGCGUUUUGAUGUGAGCCGUUUGGGACACAGAGAAACUGCCUUGCUUCCUGGUGGCUUGUGGGUGCGGCAGGUGGAACCCUUGCUGGAAGUGAGGGGCUUGUUGCAGCUAUCCAACGAAGCCAUCUACUUUCAGCCGCAUCCCAACUUCUCCUCAGAACCAGUGAAGCAGGUGCCCUUGAGCGACGUGCUCCAUGUCUUUCGGCGUGUCUAUGGCGUCCAGGCCAAAGCAUUGGAAAUCAUCACGGUCCACGGGGGCUGUCUCUACCUUUGCUUCGAGGCGCAUCAUCAGUGUGACCAGGUAGAAGAACUGCUACAAGAGCAGCGUGUGGCCAAAGUUGCCAGCCCUUCUUCGAGGUCACUACUGGAUGAUGCUGAAGGCAUUCUGCAAAAUGUGCGGAAGAUGACGGCCCUGUGGCAAUCGGGCGCGUGUUCCAACUUCCACUACUUGGACUUUCUGAAUUGCGCCGCGGGUCGCUCCAGGAAUGACUUCUCUCAGUACCCGGUCUUCCCAUGGGUCAUUGCAGACUACACCAGUCCCUACCUCAACUUGGAGGAGCCCCGCAGCUUUCGCGACCUGUCCAAGCCGGUGGGUGCCUUGUCGGAGAAGCGGCUGACCUAUUUCCGGGAGCGCAUGGCCGGGAUGCCGGAGAAUCAGGAGCGCUUCCUUUAUGGCACUCACUAUUCCACGCCAGCGUACGUCAUCUACUGGCUCUUGCGAUCAAUGCCUGAGAGAAUGCUCCGUCUGCACAACGGCCACUUCGACGCCUGGGCGCGGCUCUUUCGCAGCGUCCAAGAAGCCUGGAGCUCCGUCAACGAGAGUACCACAUCUUUAAUGGAACUGAUUCCAGAGUUCUUCGUGUUGCCUGCACAGUGGCUGGAGAAUUCCCUCCACAUCGUCACGCCGGAACGGCCUUUGGGCGAUGUGGAACUUCCGCGUUGGGCCAGCAGCGUGACGGACUUCAUCUGCAAGCUGCGGGCUGCGUUGGAGAGUGAGCACGUCUCGCAGAUGUUGCCUUCCUGGAUCGACCUCAUCUUCGGUUUCAAACAAUCGGGCGAAGCCGCCGUGAAAGCGGACAACGUCUUCCAUCCCGUCUGUUAUGCGGGCUCUGUGGGCUCCCCGGAGGAGGCCAUGAAGUCCUACGGUCUUCCCAUGGAGGUCUUGGAGACGCAGCUGCAGGAGUUCGGGCGGAUGCCGCGGCAGCUGUUCUUCGAGGCCCACCCUCCGCGACUGCGGACGCCAAAGUGGAGCACCACCAAACUUCAGGAGGAUGCCCAGCAUUCGGAGCCGUGGUAUAAGGCUGUGCAAGGCCUGAAGCCAGUCGACGCAAGGGCGGCUUCCAUGGCACCCGUGAAUGGCAACAGCGCUGAAGGAUAUGCAGGACCAACCAGUGGUGUCCCACGUUACCAACGUGGCAACGCCAACGGCACCAUGGGCUCUGCGGGAUCGGUGGGAUCGCGCGGGAUUGGCACGGUCAGCGGCUUGCGGAGCUUGUCCUCACGUCCAGUUGUUCCCUUUGUCACGGGCAUGACGGGCAUCUCCUGUUGUUCAUCGAAUCUGUACGCCGUGGGUGAGGACGGUUGCCUCCGCGUUCAGCCCCUUCCCACGGCAGAUCCGCCUUUCGAUGCCGAGAUCGAAAAACCCGUGGCGCGGCGGAAUUUCCGGAUCUCGCCCAUGCCGUUGUCGGCCUUGGCGGUGCUGGAAAGCGAACUGUUGGCCUUGGGAGGGCAUGAUAACACCGUCUCUUUGUAUUCCACUUCCUGCGGAUCUUCCUUGUCAAAAAGUUCGAUGCAUGCAGACACCGUGACCUGUUUGGGCGUUUCGCAUUGCAAAAGCCUCUUGGUCUCGGGCUCAAGAGAUCAAUCAGUGGUGGCGUGGCAGGUGACCCCUAGCGGCUUGAAGAACGACGUGAUCUUCGACGAUUUGCAGCAGCCGGUGGUCUGUGCUGCAUGCAGCGGUUCAUUGGUCUUGGCGGCUGCCAGUGAUAAGCGGCUCAUUUGUUGGGAUCGUCGAAGUGGUCAAGCCAUCUUGGAUCGCGAGUUGGACGGCAUCGCGACGGCCUGUGCGUUGUCCGAUGCCACGGCCUCCGCCUCUGGAUGCACCUACGCUGCCGGCCUAGACAAUGCUGGUGAGCUUCGAUUGUGGGACCUGCGACAAUGCAGCGAAAGCCUUCGACUGCAAACCACUGCCAACAGUCCUUCGGGUCUUGUCACAGCCAACUGUUUCUUAACGGAUUUUUCGGACUGGGCCGUCCUGGGUGGUGCUGCGCCCACCGGACAUGCCACGGUGGUCCUGUGGGACAUUCCGCAGCAGCGAGAGAUCCACUCCUGGAUUUUGGACGAUCCAGACCCCUCUGGCGGCAACGCUUUGGACAUUCGCUUCCUCCUGAAGCCCGGUGCUGCGUCGGGCACCUGGCGCCCAGAGGUGCCGUUGCUGUGCGCAUCAUCCUCGGGACGA